UGCUACGCUUUUUACGACGUCAGCAGCGAGAGCUGCAAGUAAUUGCGCGUUUAAGUGAAAGAAAAGUUAAAUUAUUAUAAUAUUCCUGUGGAAUUAGAUAUUAGAAAAGACGGCAGUGCACUGUGUGUGCACAAUUUUGUGAAGAAUGACACAAGAGCUGCCGCCAAUCGUACUAAAGGGCAAGGAGUUGAGAAAAUUUCUUUACCUGAAACGCAAAUAUCCCGUUUCACAGGAGUUUUUGCACCGAAACUGGGCCAAUGCAAAGCGCUUUAUCAUCUAUGCGCUAAAUCCGCGCUGUGUCCUGCGCAUAUAUGCCUGGCGUAAGCGAAAUAACCGGGUGCUGCUUUUACGCCGUGCGCGUCUCCUGCUCUUCGAUCCGCGUCUAAAACGCAUGAUAAAGCGACGCAAGGCCAAUGUCAAGCAAUGGUCGUCCAGUAUUGUGCGCUACUACAAAAAAAGGGGUCAAAUAACGGAGUACGAGGAGACGGAAAUGUACGGCGAAGACUUGUCCAAGCUGAUGAAAGAGCAAUUGGAGCUUUUGAAGAGCGGCAAGCGCGGUAUCUCACUGAUCGAAGAUGCCAACAAAAACGUGGAACUGCGUUCAGACAGGCCAGAAAGUCCUGCAGGGCAAGAGGAGCAGGCAGAGAAGGAGGUAGUACGGAAAGGAGUAGAAAAGGAGCAGGUUGAAGCAAAGCAGGUGGAAGAGAUGCAUGUAGAAGAGGAGGCAGCCACAGCAGUUGAUGAAGAGCCUGUUGCAAAAGUUCCUGCCGCCGAGCCGACAAGAAGCAAAGACUCGCCGGCAAUAGCUGUGGUGCAGCCCAGCAGCAUAGCUGAGAAAGUGGCGGAAAAGCCAUCGAAAAAAACAGGUGGCAGCAAAUUUUUGGACAUGCUCAUGAACAAAGUGCGCGUCAAGAACUUUGCCAAAGAGUCAAAUUUCCCCAAGCCAGCAGAUGACUUGGAUGAAGGCCGACUGAAUAAACCCACAACUGGGGUAAACAGCGACUUUAAUUUUAAUGAUGACACCAGCGAGGAUUUCGUGGGCUUCGAUGAGAGCGCACAUCAGCCGGGCAUGUUGCUGACGCCGCUGGUGCCGCAGAACUGCAAAACCAUCGAUGGCAAUGGAGCUUUUGUCAGUGAUGCGCUGGAAGCCUAUAUGAAGAAGAAUAAUCUGCGCGACACAAAUCCCGAGGAUCGCGAGCUGCUGCUCGAGCCCAUGUAUCAGGAUGGACGUGUCACGGCGCACAGUAUGCCGCCGUAUAUGGAUAUGCCGGCGGUGCCGGACAGCCUGCAACGUUUGCGCACCGUGGCCGAUCGACGGCACUAUCUGCAGCGCUCCAAGAAUCAAAAGAUGGCCAUUAUCAACAACGAGGCAAACAUCUACCGUGAGCUGCAGCGCAAGCAACGCCAGCGCAAGGUGAAAAUCGCUGCGAUGCAGCAGCUGCAAUCGUUCAGCACCCAAAUGCCUUUCACACGCCAAGGCUGGCAGGCGGCUAGCUAUGUGGCCACAGAGACUGACAAGUAUUACUAUCAGGUCAUACGCAUCGAUGGCGAAAUGGUGCGUCUGCCGGGUAGCCAGGGCAACAAUGUGCGCCGCGAGAAGCAGCCGCAUCGGAGUAUGCUCACGGAAAAGGAGCUCGCCACGCUCCAGUGUCGUAACCAAUGCGUCGAUGCUACUCUGCGCAAGGAACUGAAGGUGCUGCCCACGCGUCAGUGCCAGAUCAAGAGCAAGCUGCAGAAACUCAAUCAGUAUCCAUUGCCAGCCAUAUUUCGACCAUGUCCGCUGUCACAGAAACCGUAUCAGAAGCCGCUGGACGAUGAUACGGCCGCCCUGUUGUUGGCUGGCGGCAGCAUGGCCGUUGUCAGCAUGCCCACGGUGCAGCUGGAUGUGAAGCCGCAGUUGGGCCGGCCAUUGGAUGAGAUUGCCAAGCGCUAUCUGCAGUAUAUACUGCCGCAUCAUGACAUCACCCGCGAGUGGGCCGAGUUCAGUGUGUCCACGCUGCAGGAAUCGCCCAAUAGCAUGCGCGAGGCCGAGGCACAGGCCGCCGCCGCACAGGCCACAAAUGCCGGACGGCGCAAAAGCUUCACCUUUGUGAUACCCUAUCUAAACGAUCGUAAUCAUAUCCUGGUGCGACGCGUUGUCGAUCGCUCCGAGCAGCUGGACGACAGCUUUAGCUCCGCGCAGCCGCCGGAGAAGCUGCGUGAAUUUGAGUUUCGCAAACAGCUUCCGGAGGUCCCAGACCCAAUUGCUCUGGCCUGCGCCGAUAUGAUCAAUGACAUGAUCAACACGGUGGCCAUCAGCUGCAGCGAGAACUCGUUCAUCAGCAUUGAUCCAGAUGCAGCUCGUGGCGCCACGCCCGACAUUAGCCCCAUCAAAGAAGAGCUCGCCGUCGAGGGUCUGGCCAAGACGGGCUCCAAACUGACAGCCAAUAAGCCCCAGCCACAGCGUCGCCCUAACAAACAGAUGCGUUUGGCCAAGGAGCUGCGGCGUCUUAAUGCCACCAUCAUCGAUGCGGCUGCCAUUGCCAAGGAUGCAAAUAAACCAUGCAUUAAGGAUCACUGCCAGCUGGGCUGCCUGUGCGAGAGUUUGGCCGGCGAGCUGCCCACGCGCGAGCAUUGUGGGCGUGCGGAUUGCGUGCUGUCGUGCCGCUGCACGGGCGCCGAGUUGACGCGCAUCAUGCGCGUGGAAACGGACGGUCGUGGGCUUUCCAACGAGGAUGCAUUCAAUUUGCGGCGCAAGGCGACGGCGCGUCUGGCCAAAAUGGAAAAGGAUUUUACUUCAACACUUGUGCUGACUGACAACGAGACUCUGCUGAUUAACGAGACGCAGUGUGACAAGAAGCGGCGCUGCACCAAGGCACCCAAGCGCUACGAGGACUUUGACGAUUCCAUUGAGGAUGACGAGGAGAUGGUGCGUCCCAGCAAAGCCGCAAAGCGUGAGAUUAGCCUGAAACGCGCACGCGGCAGCACCGAAAGCAUCAACCUGUCGCCCUGCAGCGUCAAGGAUACGGACUUUGAGCAGCUCAAGCAUUGCCAGGUGUCGCUGCGUCGUCUGCCGGACGUGGCCAAUUUGGCCACCUUCUGCAUGACCCAUCAGCUGUACAAAUGCUUCUGCGGUGGCUUGGCGACCGAGGGCAAGCCAAUUGUGAUUGAUAAAGAGCAAGCGGAGCUGCCCAUACCGCACUAUGUGCCCGAACUGGCUACGCGCGCUCACUACAGUUUCGAGCGUCCACCUGAGGAGCCGCAGUCCAGCAAAAAACGGCGCAAGGAAAAACCACAACCGCAGCAACAGCAGCAGCAGCUAAAACUGCCGCAGCUACAGAAGCAGGUUCAGUUGCAGAAGCAACCGCCGCAGGUGAUCAAGAUCAUACCUCCUAAACCGGCGGCACCGAGUGCCUUGCCAGUACAACCGCCCCCACCACCCGCACCCAAGGCCUGCGCGGCGGUGGCGCCAACCCAACGUCCCGCCGAGCUGGACAUUAUCUUUAGCUACUAUCGCUCACGUCCCAGUUUGUGCCGUCGCGCUGUAUCCGUUCCCCGCAAUUGUUAUUUGCGUCUGAAUAGACGUCGGGCGAAGCGCAUGCGUUCGGAGGUGGCACGCGCCGAGACGUUGCAAACGCAGGAGCUGCUCGAGAAACGCGUCAUUAGCGCCGUGCGCUACUAUCGCUCCGAGCUGGAUCAGCAGCGGCGUCUGGAGUUGCAGAUAUUGGCGCCAGAGAUGACCGUUAUCGAGGUGGGUGAUGAUUCCGAUGAGAGCGAAACGAAUCGAGUGGCAACCAUUGAUAUGGCACGCAAGCGCAGCGCCAAUGAGUCCACUUGCCUGGAGGAGCAACCCAAGCGCAAAAAGCAGUUGACAGCAGACCAGAAUCAGUCACUGAUACAGCCCGCACCCAAACUGGAUAUACAAAUGCCUAAAAUUUCUGCCUGCUAUUCGCUGAACACCAAUGCGGCGAUAGAUGCCGCCAUGGGCAGCAACGAGUCGUCCGCUGUCGCUGUCAACGAAGAUAGUCCCACCGUGGAUUCGAUCUCCUUCCGUACCUCCUAUAAUGAUGUCAUCAAGAAGAUGAACACGCAUGUGAGCAAAAAAAUGCAGGACAUCGAUCUGGCGCUGCAGCGUGAGAGCAAAAUAAUUCCGGCUCCGAACGAGGAGAUAUUGUGCAUCAUCAAGUGGACCAACUUUCUGGCCGCCUUCGAGUCCAGCUAUGUCUUCAUCUGGGAUGUACAAAUGAAGAACUACAGCUUCCUGGCCGCGACCAUUACGAACAUGAUGCCAGCCGUUUGUGGGGCCAUUGCCGUGGUCAACACCCAUUUUGCGCCCGAUCGCAAUGCCUUGCCGCUGAUGGCGCGCAUGCUGCUGGAGGGCAAGCGGAAUGAUAACACCAGCCGGCUGGCGGUGGUAAUGCAGGGCAGGCAACAGUAUUGGCUGGUCAAGGGCUUCCUGCGAUACAUGGAGGGUAAUGCGUGCACGAAGCCAACGCCACAAACCCAUCCCAUACUGACCAAAAAGAUAAAUGUCCUGUGCACGCUGAUGGUGAAGCAGCGCAUCAGGGAGCAGCAGCGCCAUCAGCGGGCAGCAGCUGCAGCUGCAGCCAAACCUGGCGAGGACACAGGCUUGCUCAGCAUUAAAGGGGCGUCGCCCGCAACAGCGACCCCACCAACUCCACCGGAAACUCCAACUGCAGUUCCAGCUUUGCCGGCACCAGCUGCCGCCACAACCGCAGCCAGCACAGUAUUAGCUCCAGUCACAUCUACACCAGCUCCCACAGCCACAGUUGCGGCUGCACGGGCCACAUUCAACUCAGCUACCGAAAGCAAGGAGCCCACUCUUAACAUCUGCAGCAACAUUGAAUUCCGCAAGGUCGUCCAAACGGACGUGACAGAGCUGCAAAUGCCCGAGAUGUACACACAUGAUCAUCGCUGGCUGGUGCUAAAUCUCUACGAUGACUUCUCGCACAUCUUUGUGCCUGCCUUCAAGGACAUGAUCUCAUUGGACCGCAUACACAAUGUGGUGCGCGUCGCACACGAUACCGAAAAGAUCGUGAAGCUGCAAUUCUUUCAGGAUGCGCCCUACGAUGCCUUCGUGACGCCCUCGUCCAGGCGUAAAAUAUACUUUGGGCCGCUGCGCUUGGAUAUGCAGCCGCCGGUGCUGGUGCUGCUGCAAAGUGUCGAUGGCAAGAUGAUGUUGCGCGAGGUCUACCAGCGGGAUCAUAACAUUCCGGUCCAGCGUGACAGGCGCACCAUGGCCUUUUGGCUGCUCCAGAUUAACGGGCAGGUGCACUUCGAUAUCGAUUUGGCUGCCACGAGCGCGUCGACGAAGUUGAACAGAUCGGAGCCUAUUGCAGAGCAGUUGCAGCAGGGUCAGGAUACAGAUGACGAUGACGAUUGCGUCAUCGUUAUCAACGAUGAUGAGGAUGAUGCUGCAAAGGAAGAUCCGCUCGUAAAGGAGCAGACUAAGCAGCAGCAGCAGCAGACGCACGAGCAGAGCGUACAACGCAUCAACUUUACCAUUCAGUCGACACCCAACAAUGGCGGCGGCCUGCAGAUAACAGCAGCUAGUCCACAUUCAGCUGGUGGUGUUAAGGAACUGCACACCUCAACGCUGCCCGGCGGCUUUGUGCCGUUUAUAGCAAAUGUGCCUGCUACGGGCGGCACUGCGCCGGCCACACAAUUUCUCACGCCGCAGGUGCAGCUCACCCAGACCGCAGGACCAGCGCCAGCGCCACCGUCAGCUGUGGCCAGUAGUGAGGCAAAUGCUCAACCGCCUCCACCAAAAAUAAGUCGCAUCUCGGUGCAGCGCUGUGCGGCGCCAGCAACAGCGACAACUGUUGGUGCCACCACCAAGGACUCGCCGCCCACGAAAAUCAACAAUACGCUACAGCAACUGCUGAGCAGUGGUAAUGGCAACAUCAAAAUAGGCACAUCCUCGACUGGCGUUACCAUCACCAAGAUGAAGAACAAAGAUGGAUCCGCGGCAGCUGCUCCUGCUGUUGAGCCCAUCAAAAUAGGUGCCAAACGCAAGACGCAGGAGUUGCCAACGCAGCCAGCAGCUAUUCCGAUUGGACAGCCUUCCAUUCUUAAGCAAACGGCUACCACCAUAUCCAUUGGCAAUCUGCCGCCGGUGCGUCAGGUACGUCCGCCGCCAAAGCUGGCGGCCAAGGCACAAUUGGCAACGGUGCGCAAAUCGCUGCCCGCCAAACUGCCUAGCGCUGUCGAGCCGGUGAGGACAUCGCUGCCUGGCAAGCUGGUGAUGGCCGGGUCGACGCUGCCGAACGAGAGCCCGGAGGCAAACAAAAUGCAACGCUUCCCCACGACGGUGAAUGCCAGCAAGACGAGAUAUGGCUUUCUGGUGGCCAAGGCUUUGCCGCGCUUCAGGGUCAAGAUGAUGGACGGCAAGAUUAUGGUCAAGGUGCCCGAUGAGGGCGUGUUCUCGUUCAAAACCUGCGCCGCCGCUAGCGCCUAUCUUAAUCGACAUUUGUCGCGUCAGUUGAAUUUCAAGGGUUCUUUGCCAGGUGAUUGGAAGUUUUUACCCUAUGACAAUCCCAAUCUAACGGCCAACGAGGAUCGAAAGGAUUCAAAUGCAACACCCAUUGUAAUCGAAGAUUAACCAAAGUGAGAGGAUAAUCGGUAUCCAAAAACAACAACAAAAAAUAUAUAGAAAAAACACCCGCGCAGCAGCUAAAAUAGACACAACUCAUAUUUGAUAUGUAGACAAUUAAGUUGUUAAUUUAAUUAUUUACCAUGAAUUAUUUAGUUUCUUUAAUUAUGAAUUGAAGUAAUUUUAA